CCUAGUAUUGCAGUCUGCAAGACAGGUAGCUUCUUGAUAUUUCUGAAUUGCAUAUGUCCCUAUUAUGUGCAGAUGUUGACUGGAGGUUUUUUGUUUCUCUUUCUCCUAAAUAUUUUAAAAUUUUGUGCUUGGUAGCAGCAUUCUUGCUUCAUGAAGCAGGGGAAAUUGGUUUCUGUAUCAAAGUGAACAUGGGUGUGCACGAAUAAUAUUUAAGUUACUUCCUCUUACAGCUACCAUCUCAAUACUUAUCGUUACUGAUUCCAGUUGAAGUCUAUUUGACUUAAUGGGCUCUUCUCUUUUUCCCUAGUCAAACCUCUAUUCCAUUAUGUCACCACCCAGCCAAACUACUGAGAACCACCAGAACUUCUUCACACUGACUGGGAUUCCAGGAAUGCCAGAGAAAGACUUAUGGAUGGCCUUGCCCCUCUGUCUUCUUUACAGCACCACGAUCUUGGGAAAUGUCACCAUCCUUGUUGUCCUCAAAGUUGAGCAAAGUCUCCAUGAGCCCAUGUAUUAUUUUCUAGCCAUGUUAGCUGCCACUGACCUCAGCCUUUCACUGUCUUCCAUGCCUACCAUGGUCAGUGUUCACUGGUUCAACUGGCAUUCAAUAACUUUUAGUGGCUGCCUUAUUCAGAUGUUCUUCAUCCACACAUUUAGGGGAGUAGAAUCAGGUGUUCUCGUGGCCAUGGCCUUUGAUCGCUUUGUGGCCAUCGGCUUUCCUUUGCACUAUGCUACCAUUCUCACUCACAGUGUCAUCAGCAAGAUUGCAGCAGCAGUCCUGCUACGGAGUGUGGGGACUGUGUUCCCUGUGCCUUUGCUCAUCAAAAGGUUACCUUUCUGUCACUCCAGUGUCCUCUCCCAUGACUGCCUCCAUCAGGAUGCCAUGAGGCUUGCCUGUGCUGACACCAGUGUCAAUAGCAUCUAUGGCCUGCUGGCUGUGAUCUUCAUCAUUGUACUAGAUGCCUUGAUACUUUUGGCCUCUUACAUUCUAAUCCUCCGGGCAGUAUUGAACAUUGCUUCCCAGGAAGAGAGGCUCAAGGCUCUCAACACUUGCCUCUCUCACAUCUGUGCAGUGCUGCUUUUCUGUGUGCCUCUGAUUGGUAUGACCCUAAUUCAUCGCUAUGGGAAGCAUUUGUCACCACCAAUACACACAUUCAUGGCCAAUAUCUACCUGCUUCUCCCUCCUGUGCUCAAUCCUAUUGUGUACAGUGUUACGACCAAGCAGAUCCGAUGGUGGAUUGUCCAGGCCUUUUGUGGUGCUAGGGUUAGCCCUUAA